AUGCUGUGGGGGGUGGGCCUGGCGGCGCCCCGCUCCUGCGUGGCGGACCUGAGCCGCAACCGCAGCCUGUCCCUGGGGUGGUGCGCGGGGCCCGAGGAGCCGCCGCCCGCCCUCUAUGGGGGCGAGAUCGUCGCCUUCCCGCUGGCGGGCGGGGGCGCGGGCGGCACCAUGGCGGCGCUGGGACCCGACUCCUGGUGGAAGAAGACGCUGUACCUGACGGGCGGUGCGCUGCUGGCCGCCGCCGCGUACGUGAUCCACGAGCUGCUGGCCAUACGGAAGGAGGAAGAGCUGGAUUCAAAAGAUGCCAUCAUACUGCACCAGUUUUCAAGGCCUACCAAUGGUGUUCCAAGUUUAUCUCCAUUCUGUCUGAAAAUGGAAACUUACUUGAGGAUGGCUGAUCUGCCCUAUCAGAACUAUUUUGAUGGAAAACUUUCCCCUCAAGGGAAAAUGCCUUGGAUUGAAUACAAUCACACUCAAGUAUCUGGCACUGAGUUCAUUAUUGAUUUUUUGGAAGAGAAACUUGGAGUGAAUUUGAAUAAACACCUUGGUCCACAUGAAAGAGCUGUUUCCAGAGCCAUAACAAAAAUGGUGGAGGAGCACUUGUACUGGACUCUAACUUAUUGCCAGUGGGUGGAAAAUCUUCAUGAGACACAGAAGAUGGUUUCGCUUUUUGGCCCCUUCAGUGACGUGCUGAAAUGGAUCCUGUGCCAUCUGACCAAAGGGAUUGUGAAGCGGGAGAUGUUUGGCCAUGGCAUUGGCCGCUUCUCGGAGGAGGAGAUGUACACGCUGAUGGAGAAGGACAUGCGGACUCUAGCAAGUCUCCUGGGUGACAAGAAGUACAUUAUGGGACCAAAGAUUUCCACUGUUGAUGCCACUGUCUUUGGGCAUCUGGCACAGGCAAUGUGGACACUACCGGGGACUCGACCAGAGAGACUAAUCAAAGGUGAACUGAUCAACCUUGCUAUGUAUUGUGAAAGAAUAAGGAGGAAAUUUUGGCCCGAAUGGUACCAUGAUGAUGAUAACACUCUGUAUGAAUCUGAGGAAAGCAGCGAAGCAAGCAAGAUUUACUCCCCUUUGCGGGACUUCAGUUUUUAUUCAAGGACAGAAACGUUUGAUGAGGAAGGGAACAGUAUUUCUCAAACCCCUGACACGGAUUACACUGGACACUCCCUCUUUGAUUCGGAUGUGGACAUGGAUGAGUACAGAGAUUAUGAACAACGCAAGUGAAGUGUACAGGCAUAUCCCAUUUUACAGAUAAGCUGUUUCUUGGGAUCAGUCUGAUUUAUCUUCUCCUCCAGGUCAGGAAGAAGUUUAUACCACUUCAGAAGAGACCAUUGUGCUUGUCUCAGCUGUCACAUGCUACCUGGACUAUUUCAACCUUAUUUCAUUUUGUGUAACUAUUCAGGUGGAACCAAGGUAAAAUGUUAUUUAAAACAAACACGGGCAAACUGGAGGUCCAGAGGGCAACAGGACAUUUCAAUGACCUGCAUUUUUUGUUUAUGUUCAAAACCAGAUCCUGCAGCCAGGUGGGACAGACCUCUGGGAAGUGGAGCAUUUGUCAGAGCUAGUUUGUGUUGAUACAUUCUCUUUACAGGAAUCCACUGAGGACAGAAAUGGAAGAAGCAUGACUGGCACAUCUUUCUCCCAAGGAAGAAAAUGAUUGAUGCUGUAUUUAAAAGGACCUUUGGGUUGGGUUGAUGGCCGGCUGAACAUGAGCAGCAUCUUGGCUUGUAUCAGAAGUAGCGUGGCCGGCAGCGCUAGGGAAGUGAUUGUCCUCUUGUACGAGGCACUGGUGACAAAUCCUGUGUUCAGUUUUGGACCCCUCACUACAAGAAAGACAUUGAGGUGCUGGAGAAUGUCUCAUUCCUGCCUAAAGAAGAGCAAUGAAGCUGGUGAAGGGCCUAGAGCACAAGUCUUAUGAGGAACAGUUGAGGGAAACUGGGGUCCUUUAGCCUGGAGAAAAGGAGGCUGAGGAGAGAUCUUAUUGCUCUCUAC